AUGGGAACUCUUAGAUCACUCUUCAACUCUUUCCACCCAUCGCGGCUGCCGGAUCUCCCGCUCGAAUUGGUGGCAGAGAUUCUAUGCAGACUUCCUGUCAAGCUCCUCCUACAACUUCGAUGUCUCAGUAAGUCCUUCAAUACCCUAAUCUCUGAUCCCAAUUUCGCAAAGAAACACCUUCGCUUAUCAAUCACCCGCCGCAACCUCAUCUUAACCUACUUUGAUGAUACUUAUGAUAUGAAGUCAACGCUAAUCUUUUACCGGCUUCACUCCAUUUUUCACCCGCUUCGCUCCAUUUUUAACUCUGUAACAGUUAAACCGACCCAACUACACUAUCCUUUUGAUCCACUAUACAAUAAUAUCGUUGGCUCUUGCAAUGGAAUCCUAUGUUUGGAUAAGAAAGACUCCAAUAUUGUUAAACAAAGCAAUGUCAUUUUGUGGAACCCUUCCAUUAGAAAAUCCAAAAUAUUGCCUUCUUUUAAAAUUCAAGGAGAAUGUGGUUUUGUUAAAUAUGGCUUUGGCUACGAUCAUGUGAAUGAUGUUUACAAGGUGGUUGCUGUUUUUUCCUAUUAUUGUGGUAAUGAGGGUUUCAAAACUCAAGGAAUGGUUCAUACUUUGGGUACUAAUUCAUGGAGAAUGAUUCAUGGGGAGUUACCUCUUCCACGUUAUAGAAGACUUUUGCAGCCUAAUUAUGGAGGGGAAUAUGUGCAUAAGGUGAACUUGGGUGUUUUGAGGGAUUGUUUGUGUAUCCUUGCAUGUAGUCCUAGGGUUUAUAGUGUUUGGCUAAUGAAAGAAUAUGGAAAUGAAGAGUCUUGGAUUAAAUUGUUUCGUAUUCCUGAAAAGAAAGGUCUUAUCUAUUACUCAUAUGUCAAGCCACUAUGGAUUUCUAACAAUGGCCAAGUGCUAAUCGAUUAUGCGUCAUGGAGGAGAACAAAUUUGGCCGUUUAUGACUUCAAAAAUGGUACUUUUAAGAAACCCUUGAUGCAAGACUUCAAUGGUUCGAUGACCUAUGAAGUUUGUAGUGAGAGUCUGAUAUCACCUUGUUUCUAA